UGAAGUGGUGUUUUUAUUUAUUUAAUAAUUUUAUUGUGCUCCCGGAUAAUAUUUUAGAAGCCAAAACUGAGUUCAAGACCGUUUCCAAUGGAUGCAGAUAUCUUUAGUGGGAACAAGGAUUAUUUGUACGACGAAGAUUAUCUCUUAGACCAGUUAACACAAGAGUACAACUGGUCGUUACUGGAUGCUGCAGAUGCUUCUCCAAGUGAAAUCUUAGCAGAUGCCGUACCACUGUUGGUGCCAUCUUUAUCACCAGGCUUAAGCACAAAAUCCUCCUCCAAUGAGAGUGGCAAUUCUGACUCCAGUAGUGAUGAUGAUUCCAAAAACUCUGUUCGGACCACUAAAUGGCAGACCUCCCAAUCGCCUAUUGACUGGGCAGCCCUAGACAGUGAACCGACAAAUGAACUGAAGCCAGAGGAUGUUGAAUUAUUUCUUCAUAAGACAGCACCUCGUCAGAACCAUGUCAUUCCAAAUUCCUUGCAAAAUAAAAAACAUGGACCUGUCAUGGCUAUUGAAAAUGGUAUUAUACAGGUUGUGAAAAAAGAUACUUAUGUCCAUGACAAUUAUUAUGCAAAUGUUAAUAGUAAGGAUACAGUAAAUAAUGCCUCAUUUAACGUCAUAAAUGAAAACUCUAUGAAAAGAGAGAUCAACCAAGUUCCUAUAGAGAGGAAGGUACCUUGUAUACUGAAGAGAGCUGUGAACGUUGCCAAACCAUCACCCAUAGUGGUGCCCACCGAUAGUACAAAAAACGGCACAAUAUCGUUGUCACCCCUACCUCAAAAAGAAAGCCAGUUCAGUCCAAAUGCGUAUGUUAUUGAGACGAAAUCUAAGAACAAUAUAGUGUUAAACUUAAAGCCAGAAGUUCACAGAACAAGCAUAGAUGUCAAUGCAACGGUAAUAAAGGAGGAAGCCAAUUUACCGAUGAUAGAUUUGUCUAGGCUAACAGAUGCAGAGAUCAAAGCACUCAAGAAACAGCAGAGGAUGAUCAAAAAUCGUGAAUCAGCUUGUCAGUCCAGACAGAAAAAGAAAGAAUAUGUGUCAGCACUGGAACAGCAGCUACUAGAAGCACACCAAGAAAUUGGAAGACUCAGGCUAGAAAAUAAGCUGCUAAGAGAUCAACUUGAGUCUAGUGGUCACAAACGAAAAAUACCUCGAAUUGAUUCGUCAAUUUUGGUACCUAAAAAGAAUAUUGCUGUGAUUUUUGCGAUGGUGUUUAUGGUGUCAAUGAAUUGGAAUGUUAUUGGCUGGUCUACAAAACCAUUUGUCGGGCCUGGAGAUACACCACAUGUGGGGUCAAGACAUCUUCUUUGGUCUGAGGAUAAUGAAAAUAAUGUGUCUGUUGAUUACGACCAAAGCGGCGAGUUUAUGAAUCAAAGUUACAAUGGAGUCAACUGCCAAAAUAAAACUAAUGAUGUAAAUAUAAACCAAACUGAGAGUAUAAGGAUAGCUGGGGAGUUGAAGCGGUGGAUUGGUAACGGAAAAACUUUGAACUGGACUGGCUCUUCAAAGGAGAAAAAUUACUAUUUAGAUGAAGAUAAUCUUGAAGAUGCUCUACUUGAUUCCUACAGACCGUUUAGGAAAUUAAAAAUUAAAAACGUAUUCGACACAUCAAACAGAAACGCCAGGAGUAUUCGAGAGAAAACGAAGAUCCGUCGAUUCAAGCGUAGCUCAUUUGCUAAAGAAAUGGAUCUAAGAGAACACUACUACGACCGUCUGUAUCACAAGCCGAUAAGAAAAGCUAUUGAUGAUUUAGACAUGGAUCGAUUUGCCGAAUGGAAUACAUUCCUACGAGCGCUUGAUAGAAGGGACGAUACUUUUUAUGUGGUCGGAGUGGGCAAAGGAGAGCAUUUGUUGUUGCCAGCGGUGUCCCAUAAUACAACUAGGCCGCCAAAAAUGGCGCUGAUUUUACCGGCAAGAUUAGGCAAUGAUUCCCUUAUGAAGGACCAUGUAACACUGAUGCAGAUAGACUGUUCGGUCGUGAACACGACGCUCGUCAAAUUAAAAUCGGAAAUGUUGCCUGAGAGCAUCAGAAAAACCAACGAAUAUCAGCCCGUACAGCCGCAUAGAGCAGACAACAUUACAGACAUGAAACUCAAGAACAUAAACAAGUCUAGUCUAUUACAAACCAUAAACAAAGAAGGUAUUUUGAUAGACAAGAAAUUGAAUUUAGAACCCAGUGAAGAUUUGAAAGUCGAUUCCUUCACGCAAUACCUGUUUUCCAAAUCCGACGUGAAAAAAGAAAAGCAAGGUCGAGCCCUUAAAAAGUUAGCGGUAAACAAACCUUAGAUGUAAGUUUGCAAAUAUUAGUUAUUGGCUAGGAUUUAGGAAUAUAAGUAUGUAUUUAUGAUGAGAUUAGAUAAUUAUUUAUAGCACUUUGCUUGACUUAAAGCGUUUGCGCUAAAAUCUAAAGCCAGAUUCGGGUAUAUUAAUGUUACUAUUCGAAAAUUCCAUUGCAAUAAGAACAGCAGGAAGGAGAAGGAUUUUGACAUGAAAAUAUACAUUUAUUUUAUAAAAAGUGAAAUUUUAGAAGCUUUUUCACAUAUUUAAAACGAUACGAUACUGCAUAUUGCAACGAUAUCAACGAACAAGAUUUUUUCCAAAUUAUUCCGCUAGGUGUCGCGAUUACUAUGUUCCUCUUGUGAUUGGUUUUUUUUUUGGCGUAAUAACAUUUU